GAAGCUGUGACCAGUGCUGUUAUAACUCCGCUAGCGUUCACAGGGAAAUCACACAGUCACCAUGAAAAGGUUCGGCUUGACAGAGCUGUUCUGUGGACUGGUUCUUGUGGCCAUCCUGGCCGAUGCUGCUUUGACCAAGAAACAGCGAACAAAGAGGGAAGCAGAAGUUGCCGAGAGCGUCCAAGUUGAUCGCGAACUUCACCGGGCGAAAAGACUGGAUUUAGCUGGCUCUAGCCAUGAGAAAACCCUGUCGAGAGUAAAGCGGCUUGAGGACGAGCGAGAGCUGAAGAGGUACAAACGACAAAAGCGCCAUAUUGGUUUGAUCAAAAAGGCUUUGGAGCAUGUGAAGAAGCGAAGCGUUUCAGCAGCAGAGUUGAAAGAGCUUCUGAGGGUCAAGCGAACCAAAAGGGAUUCUGGCCGUGCCUUAAACCGAAUGAAGCGAGGCAAGAGCAAAAGUAACAAGGUGCAUAAGAGAGCAAAGAAGAGUCUGAAGCGCAGAACGAUUACUAAGAGAGAUAUCCAACUAGCGCGAGCUCUGCUGAGGAAGAAGAGGACGGAACAUAGCAGAAAGUUGAAUGCUAUUGACGACAAAGUCCGGACCGUGAAGAAGGACGGAAAACACGCACACCAGGCAGAAAAGAAGCACCACGUCAGACGACACAAGGAACCCCAGGACGGAAAGAGCGAUUCCAAAGCUUACAAGAAAGACACGCGGUCCGCGGAGAAAAAGUCAAAGAAGCACGUUAAAUCGAACAAGAAAGAACACGAUUUGAACCGCGCAAAGCGUCAUUGACGAAAUGUGAUAUACAUUCUUAGACCGAGUGAUACGAUAUCGGGCUUGUAGUGCCAUAGCCCAAAUCGGUGUAAAGCGGUAACCCCAAUAUUAGCUUGUACAUAACGCUGCUUUUAGUGACUGUAUAUACGGAACUCUUGUGCGAUUAAUCUGUGUAGGUAGGUCUAUACCUGAGGUGUCAACCUGUAACAAGAUUGCAGUGUUCUGGAAUAUAUAUUUCCUAUUCUACCUAUGAAAAUGACAAAAUUUGAUUGCUGUGGACAUGAGGUUUUCAAUCUUAAUCAGGUUCAGAAUAUAGUCGCAUACCCUGGCUGUCAUGUGUAUAUCUCCUACAAUUAAAGUGAUCUUUUUUAGGUGGUAAAUAUUAAAAUCUGGCGUUAUAUAUGAUAUCGUGACUAAAUUGCCAACUAAUGCAAGCUCUGUGUCCUGGCCAGAUUCACAUAGCAUGUCGACACGUAUCUAAUGGAAUUCCACAACAGUGUAGCACCUAACAGAUUUGCAUCAUCGCCGCCAGUUCUGUACUCUAUUAAUUAUUCAUGUACUUUUAUAUUUCCUAUAGUUUAUUAAUUUUAUAACAUUUGAGGAAUGAAUUUAUUGUUCACUUAUAUCUUGACUUCGGCUAAUUUGUGCUGUGUAUAACAACUUGGAGUAAGUCACAUGUACAAAGAGACUGGCACACCGGAAAUAGAAUAAUUGAUCUGCUGGUAUCAGUGCAUUGUGUGUUAAAUGUUACUAUCGUAGCUCCGCGCUGUAUUUGGAAGACCUAUACAGGCGUCUCAUGUUGCUACUCAAAAGCUAUAUACUGUACAGUCAGCUAUAUCCAACAUCUGUCGUGACUACUGUACAUAGGAAAUAAUCGCACAAUAAAACAUUUUAUAUCUAACA